AUGAAUAGGUCCAAGGCACUGGGGAAGAUCAAGAGAAGACUCGACGAAGCCAAGAACAAGUGGGCAAGGCUGAGCAAGCCGGAGUUCUGCCACAAUGAGAGUGCCAGGCUGGCUACGGAUGCCCUCUUGGACGGUGGAUCCGAUGCUUACCAAAAGGUCCUUGCAGAAGAAGGCGAGGUGGACUUCUUAUCAAAGCAAGAGGUUAAGUACAUAAUGGGCAACGUGAAGGAACCCUACUACGCCAACGAAAGCCACGCGGAGAACGGCGAGAACGGCUCGGUGCAAAACGGGAAUCAAUCCCACCAGUCCGAGAGUUAUUACCCCAUUAAUUCGGAUAAGAGCGAGACCGCCACGCCGCUCCACAACUGGAGUUCGGAAGAGAAGCCUUACCUGAAGGACAAGUCCAGUGCCACUGUUUACUUCCAGACCGAUAAGACCAAUAACAUCCGGGAGACCAUCAGGAGGAGUAUACACCGGACGGGUCAGGUCAUCGCUAUAAUGAUGGAUGAAUUCACUGACGCCGAGAUAUUCUGUGACGUAUUAGAAGCUGCGAACAAAAGGAACGUGUUUGUCUACUUGCUCCUUGAUGCCAGCAAGAUCCAGCCCUUUAUGGACAUGUGCGAGAAACUACAAGUCAAAGACGUGCACCUCAAGAACAUAUCCGUCAGGAGUGUAAAUGGAGAAGUUUACUGUGCAAAAUCGGGCAAGAAGUUUUUUGGCCAAAUUCAUGAAAAGUUUAUUAUAUCUGACUGGAGGUUUGUCCUCUCUGGAUCAUACAGCUUCACUUGGCUUUCCGGGCAGGUUCAUAGAAACUUUUUGACCAAGUUUACUGGAGAGGUGGUUGAGUUAUUCGAUGAAGAGUUCAGACAUCUCUACGCGUCAUCCAAACCGGUGAUGGGGUUAACGUCUCCGGCACCAAUGAAGCCAGUGUUGAGAAGAGAGGACAGUGUCAAGAGUGCCAUGACGGACAGCAGCACCCAGGAGAGUGCAAACACCACCUCUGACCUUCUGAGCGGCUCCCCAGCUACCAGUAUCUCCCAACUUUCCCAGUGCCCUUCAUCUCCUCCUACCCCAACUCCAGCUCAGUCUCCGCUUCAGAGGAUGAACUCCUUUCACGGAUACUCCGUCUUGAGGUCACCUCCACCCCAAACCAGCUACCCAGUGAACUAUUUCCAAAGGAAUUAUCCGUCAGAAAACUCCACACACUCUGCACAUCCCUUCAACAACAACAACAUUUACCGCUCCAUGAGAACCCAUAGAGAAGACUCAACCCCACUAUCAAGGUUCACCCAAGGAUGGAGCUUAUUCUCUAAGCCAACAAUUACUUAAAUAAGACUUAAAAUAGAAUUUACUGCAAAAUUGGCCAAAAUUACAAUUACAUCGUAUUCGUAGGAUAAUUUACUCUUCACUGUUUUCACAUAGGAAAACAUUCGGUAUCUUUGGACUGUUGACCAAAAUCUUGUAGGAUGUCAAGUGAGGUCAAGAAUUUUUUUGGAAUCAUAGGCCGUACAUUGUUUAACACCUGUUAAGGGUUAUCAAGUGGCUUCAGUUUGGGUUGCACCAGAAUUGAGUGAUAGUAUAAUGCAAUUUGACUUUGUUUGGACGACCACCAAUACUUUCAACAGAGACGAGAUCGGUCAAUCGUCUGCUCACCCUAGGGGUUAGCCAGACUAUAUACACAAAUGAGGGUCAUAUAUCAGGUUUAUUAUACCUGUUUAGUAAAGUAAAGCUGGCAUUGAUUGUUGAACAUCAUCUUAUGAAGGUCUGCAUCUCUUUUAGACAAAAUGACUACAUGUUCUCUGCCACAUUACAUUUUAGGGAUGAACUUCUUCAGUCGAGACCUGACAUGCUUCAGUAUGGUGGGCUACAAUAUGGUGGGCAUGGUUCAAUAUGGUGGGCUACCAAAAAAUAUGGUGGUCUUAAAAGAAUACAUAUCUAGCAGAAUCGGCAACUUGUGAAGGGGCAGCCUAUCAGUCCCCCCAUUGUCCAUCACUGGCAGAAAAAUCAUGCAUUAAAUGUUCCAAAAUGCAUGAUCACUUGUCCCUCUAGAACAUUGGUUUCCAAUCUGUGGACCUCUAGCUGUUGUAAAACUACAACUUCCAGCAUGCUCGGACAGCCACUGGGAGUUGUUAUUUUGCCACACAUGGAGGACCACACUUUGGAGACCACUGCUUUAGAUAAAUAUGCAUGCUCAUAUGAUCUGACCAU